AUGAUUUCAGUUCUUUUAUUUGUAGCAGGUAUUUCAAUUGACAAGAAAACAGAAGACUUACAAUUUGCAUUUGGGGAUUAUGCUUUAUAUUGUUUUAUCUCAGUCUCUUUAGUUCUUUUUGCAGGCUUUAUGUCAGGAUUAACAGUAGGCCUGCUUAUUCUUGCGAAUUUCUUAAAAUUAUAUUUAUGUUUUUACUAUAUAUUAAAUUAUUCAAUAAAAAAAUGACCAAUUCUCAAAUGAAUUUAUUCCGCACAUAUAUAAAAUAAAAAUGACAUCUUUUUCAAAAUUUAAAAAACAUUCCAAUCGUAAAAAGUGAAAAUUAAACUUAUACUUUAAAAUGCGAACUUAUAUUAAUUAUCACUUAUAUAUAAAAAAUAGGUUUUUAUAAAAAUUAUUAAUUUAAAAAUAUAUUUGCUCGCUCAAUGAGUGUGGAUUUUGGCAAAAGUAGGGACAUUUCAAAAGGUUUUGUUUUAUCAAGGAGGAGGUGAGUAGUUAG